AUAUCAUCCAAUCCCCCUCCUCCCAUUCUCUUCCAUUACACGAAAUAGAAAUGUGAAAUAAAUGAGUACUAAAAUUUUAUCACCCCCAAAAUAUUUACAAAUACAUAUGUAUGGUAUAUAUCCCUUGUAGAUUUAUAGAAUUAUUAUUAUUUGAUUAAAAACACAAAACCCUCUUCAAUAUAUUAGGUCAAAGAAAAGAUGGAGACCAAAUCAUCAAGAAGUGGCACAUCCUCCCUCCAAGUCGACCCAUCUUCGCCGCCGCCGCCACCGGAGCAUACUCCGAUGUGGAAGCUCGUGCUGGUGGCGUCGAUAGCCGCCGGAAUCCAAUUCGGGUGGGCCCUCCAGCUAUCCCUCCUCACCCCUUACAUCCAGCUUCUUGGUAUCCCUCAUAAAUAUUCCUCCUUCAUUUGGCUUUGUGGGCCCAUUUCCGGGUUGAUCGUUCAGCCGCUCGCCGGGUACUACAGCGACAAUUGCACCAGCCGGUUUGGCCGCCGUCGGCCCUUUAUCGCCGGCGGGUCAUUUCUUGUAAUCUCCGCCGUCAUCCUCAUUGGGUUCGCCGCUGAUAUUGGCCACGCUGCCGGUGACCCCCUCGGCAAAAUCUUUAAACCCCGCGCCAUUGCCAUUUUCAUCUUCGGCUUUUGGAUCCUCGACGUUGCCAAUAACAUGUUACAGGGUCCAUGUAGAGCGUUGCUGGCCGAUCUCUCCGACGGGAGUGCGGCAAAAACAAGACUGGCGAACACCCUCUUCUCCUUCUUCAUGGCCAUCGGAAACGUCCUCGGUUACGCCGCCGGCGCCUACCCCCGCCUCUACAAGAUCUUCCCCUUCUCCUUCACCACCGCAUGCGACGCCUACUGCGCCAACCUCAAGAGCUGCUUCAUCAUCUCCGUUCUCCUCCUCCUCACCGUCUCCGUCCUGGCCUUGACCUGCGUCAAAGAGAAGCAGUACGUCAAGAGCAACAAUGGCGGCGCCGCCGACGUGGCAUUCUUCGGACAAAUAUUUACAGCUGUGAGGAGUCUUCCCAGGCCCAUGCUUAUUCUCCUACUCGUUACUGCCCUAAACUGGCUUGCAUGGUUCCCUUUCAUCCUGUAUGACACGGACUGGAUGGGCCGGGACGUGUACGGCGGGCACGUCGACGACAACGGGCUUUACGAUAACGGCGUGCGUGCCGGCGCGUUGGGGCUCAUGCUCCAGUCCGUGGUGUUGGGGGUUAUGUCCAUUGGGGUGGAGCUCCUGGCCCGCCGGAUUGGUGAUGUGAAGAAGCUUUGGGGCGGGGUUAACUUCAUUUUGGCCAUUGGUUUGGCCAUGACGGUGGCGGUUACGAAAGCGGCGGAGCACUCGAGGAGGCACGACGCUAGCGGCAAUAUUCUUCCGCCCAACGCCGGCGUUAAGGCCGGAGCUUUGACUAUCUUCUGCGUUCUUGGUAUUCCUCUUGCGGUGACUUAUAGCAUCCCAUUUGCUCUAGCAUGCAUCUUUUCAAGUGAUGACGAAAAUGCUGGUCCUGGGCACGUUGGCCUCUCUUUGGGAGUUCUCAACCUUUCAAUCGUUAUGCCACAGAUGUUCGUAUCAUUCUUAAGUGGGCCUUGGGACUCGGUGUUUGGAGGAGGCAACUUGCCGGCGUUCUUAGUGGGAGCGGUGUCAGCGACGGCGAGCGGAAUAUUAGUUAUAACUCUUCUACCGAAACCACGAACGGAUGCAAAUGUUCCGAUUGUACCGUAGCAUGGGGAUGUACGGCGCCGCCCGGCCGCCACAUGCGACUGUGUGAAUAUGUACUAUUUGUAUUGUAUAUAUGAUGAUAAUGUAGAGGAGGAUAGCAAAUAUGGGUCAUGCUUAAUCACAUUUGGAAGGAUGGAUGCUAAAGUUGAAGUAUAUAUUUGUUCCCUUUGGUUGAGAUAACACUGUUGUGUGUAUAUGUUUGGGAUUCAACUCUAAUGAUUCAUAGAGAUUUAUUUGGC